GUCCGGGCUUGGAAGUCAUUGUAAAUACGAAUUUGUUCUUAACAGACUUGGCUAGUUAAAUAAAGGUCAAAUGACUUUUAAAAAUUCAUAAUAAUCCUAAUCUGGUUGAGUCAGAGAUCCAUACGUACGAGGCAACACCCCCCCCCAACACCAAAUCGUCUGUCACAACUCUGCACAACACCGCAGCAUCAGCAUCUGCUGGGAAUCCAGAUAAACGACCCAUCUACGCCUUCAUAAAUGAUUGUGUAAAUAUGUAACAAUAACGAGAAUAUAUUUUUUUUAUCGAAGGACACAUACAGCAGAAAGCUGCUGUAUAGUACCAUGGGUGGCCAUGAUGAUGAUGACGUAUCUUAUCAUGUAGCCAACAACCAACAUCAAGAUGAAGUGCUGAAAAACAAAUUGAAUGACAGCGGCCUUUGGAGUGACCAAGAAUCCACAGACGGCAACAAUGCUAAGUGGGUCAAGGAGGGCAAGAACCAACUGAGGAAAGUAGCUGAGAAACAUCAGGACCAGGACCAGAAUGGGAACCAGGAGGACUUCUCCCCUCAUAACACCAACGAGGAGGAGCAGACCAAAUCUCCCAAGACCGCCAAGACCCUGGGCCUGAAGGAAGAAGAGUCCAAUACCAUCCUGAAAGAGCCACUACUCAUCAACACCCUGGUGUCUGCAGAGGAUAAAGAUGGUGAGGGCGAAGAAGACAACAAAGAGAAGGAAGAUUCAUCUGAGGCAGAUGAAGAGGCCUGCAGUCUUAUAGAGGAAGAGAGGGAGUCCGAGCAGAGGAAUGCGGAGGCUGAAAGAGAGGGAAGUGGGGUGGCUAGAAAUCCCUGUCUGCUGUUCUCUAAUGUGAAUGGAACACCAAGUGAUGAAGAAACCAACUGGUCAGCACUGUCUCAGGAAAGCACUGUUGAAAGCCCUCCAAAUGAAAACAAAGAGUCCUUCUGGGACUCGGAGGCCUUUGAGGCAGACACAGACCUACCCUCUGGGUGGAUGCGGGUUCGAGACACCUCAGGUACCUAUUACUGGCACAUCCCAACUGGCACUACUCAGUGGGAGCCCCCCUCCCCUCUGGACAAGGUGGGAGACUCCAUGAUGUCCUCCAGUAUGUCCCUGGAGACAACACCCUGUGAGGAAGAGCCAGAGGAAACAUGGGGCCACCUCUCUAACCCAGAUGAAGGGACUAGUGAUGGAGAGCUGUGGAAGGAGGGAGAGGUGGCAUCUGACCAGAGCCUGAAGGAAUUUGAAGGGGCAACCCUGCGCUAUGCAUCCAUCAACCUCAACUGUUCCCAAUCCGAGGAAGAAGAGAAACUUGAUCCCCAUGGCACUGACCUGGAGGCUAAGUAUUUUGCUGUGCGCUCUCUGGGCUGGGUGGAGAUGUCUGAAGAGGACAUGGCACCGGGAAAGAGCAGCGUGGCUGUCAACAACUGCAUCAGACAGCUGUCCUACCACAAACACAACCUCCACGACACUGCUGGCAUUUGGGGAGAGGGUAAGGACAUGCUGAUGGUCCUGCAGAAUGACACUAUGAAUCUGAUCGACCCACUGGGACAGACUCUGCUGCACUCCCAACCCAUCGCCAGCAUCCGCGUGUGGGGCGUGGGCCGAGACAACGGCAGGGAAAGAGACUUUGCUUAUGUAGCGCGAGACAACCUGACCCAGGUCCUCAAGUGUCACGUGUUUCGCUGUGACUCACCUGCCAAGAACAUCGCCACCAGUCUGCAUGAGAUGUGUUCCAGGAUAAUGACAGAAAGGAAGCUGUCCAAGCCAUUUCUGAGCAGGUACAAUUAUGACCAGUGCAAACCCAUGGAGAUUCCUGCUCAAGAGUUUCCCGUUCCAAAAAAUGAGAAUUUCCAACGUUUCCUUGUGUAUUACCUUGGUAACGUACCUGUGUCCAAGCCUGUAGGUAAGGGACGCAUGGGUGUGGAAACAAUCAAUGAUGCUUUGGCGGCUGCAAUGAACAGCACAAGGAAGCAGGAUUGGACCCCCGUCUCGGUCAACGUGGCCCCUGCCACUCUCACCAUCCUCACCAGAGAGACUGAGGCGGUUUUGUCAGAGUGCCGGGUGCGGUUCCUGUCUUUCAUGGGUGUGGGGAAGGACGUCCACACCUUUGCCUUCAUCAUGGUCGAGGGCCCCGGGGACUUCAUCUGUCACAUGUUCUGGUGUGAGCCCAACGCUGCCAGCCUGAGUGAGGCGGUGCAGGCCGCCUGCAUGCUGCGCUACCAGAAGUGUCUGGACGCGAGGCCUCCCAGCCUGGGCUCCUGCCUGCCCACUCCCCCUGCUGACUCCGUGGCCCGCCGGGUCAGGAUGGGGGUCCAGAGUCUGCUGGGAAGCUUCAAGCAGUACAGGUCAGGGUCCCAGUCCCCCUGAGAUCUCCUCCCCACCAACACUAACCCAUCACAGCAGCUCCAGCUUACUCCUCUCUCACUCUCAUUCUCCCUUUCCUAUCGGACUUGCACUCUUUUUGGCCUUCCUUAGAGAAUGUCUUGUCAUUAGUGUAUGGCGUUUUAUGUAACUGAGGAAAUGCUUACUUACUAGUGAUUGCAAAGUGUGUUUUUCUAUACUUCUACUGUACAACUCUCCUUUAGCUUUGUACUCAAACUGAAUGAGCUCUGACAACAACCCAUUGUUUGUUCUGUUGCUGGGAUUUCAUCUGUUUGUCACUAUUUUUGUGUUUUAGCAGAAACCAUGUCUGGCAGGAAGUGUUCGUAUGAUGGGAUGUAAGUACAUGUUUCUUCACAGUAGGAGGUUAGGACGAUUCCACACAGAAAUACAUCUAAUUUCUUCCUCAGUGCAAUUAUGGUUGAGUCAUGGGGCCAUGCUCCUCCAAACAGUAACACCUCUUUUUCUACUGGUGUCUAAAGGUCAUGAAAUCACUGUCGGGAACCUGGUAUAGUAGUCUCCUGAUGUUUGUUUUCUACCAUGUCAAUACCCUGUACACUCCUCAGCCUUUCUACUCCAGCCCAAAUGAGCUUCUUGACACUAGCCAUCCGAGAGCCCAAGUAGAGUGUUUUGUAGUCUUCCGUUAAAUAAGUGUAGAUUCAUGUGCCACGUCGUAGUGAACUACCACUGAUUUCAGGGUAUACUGGAGUUGUUUCCCAUACAUUUUCAUGAACAUUUGCAAGUUCAGUGCUUGUGUGCAAUAAUCAGACUUUCCUGUAUGUGGUGUUGGUAGAAUGGCUUCCAUAGGCUUAUAUAGCAGCACACACUGCUGUGGGUUGUUUAACGUAGGGGCCUGGCUAUAUCUGACUAGUGCUUGGCCAACAAAAAGAGCCAAUGGUGAAAAUAGACUUCUGGUCAUGAAAAAGUGACCUAUAAAAUACAGCAUCUCAAGGCCUCGGUUGUCCAUCUGUUAGUCAACCCCAGCUUUUAACCACCUCAUCACACACUGCAUGUUUUAAUAGCUUAGAGGAAUAACCAGGGUCAUAUCUGCCUGCAGCGGUUUAGUGCUGAACUCUUAGUUAUUGUAACAUACUAGACGUGUGCUACUUCAUGGUAAAGAGGGCUGAAUUCUGUACCUGUUAAGUGUUUGUAAGGCAUGUCACUAGCCUGUAUCAGUGUCUAUCAAUAUAUAAGCUAGCUAGUAGUAGAUUAGUUGUCACUGUCAGGCCCUUUCCACUGAGUAGCUGAGAGCAGGUCAGUAUGUCUCCCUUAGUCACUGCCCUGGGACAGGGAUAACAUAGAGAGGAUGACUCCAGUGCUUUUAGGAUUCUGUUCUUCCACUUUUUGCUCUGUUUGGCCCUGGACACUUAAGUAAUGUGAUCUAUUGUUUGUAUACACUGUCAUGGACACUACUGAGGAGCAGUUGCUCAUUAUUGAUUAUUGAUUGUAUUAGAGAACACAAGUCUGAGAAUAGUUGUGGUUUUUAUGUUUUAAAAAAUGAAUGAAUUGUGUUUGUCAGAAGUAUUUAGUGCAAUAGUUAUUUGACCUAUAACAAAAUAAAACUUGUAAAAUAUAGAAACACUAUCUGAAAUUAGACUAGAUUGUAUUGUAUAAUACUAUAGUGUACCUUUUGUCACCGCUCACUUAUCAUUGUGCUCCUUUUUCUAAUUCUGUUAUGUUAGUACUUCCAAGGUCAACAUUAAAAACAAGAUGAGUGUUGGAACACUAGCUUAUUCAUUUAUUUCACAAUGUAUGUAAAUUAGGUGUAUAAAAUGUAUCUGUAUAUAAAAGUCCCUGCACAAUAAAUAAAUGUCAACAUA